AUGAUGGAUGAUCAGCAAGCUUUGAACUCAAUCAUGCAAGAUUUGGCUGUUCUUCAUAAGGCCAGUCGACCAGCAUUAUCCUUACAAGAAACCAGAAAAACAAAAUCUUUAUCACCAAAAAAACAGAAUGAUGUUCGAGUCAAAUUUGAACAUAGAGGAGAAAAAAGAAUCCUUCAGUUUCCCAGACCAGUUAGACUGGAGCAUGUGAGGUCGAAAGCUAAAACUGCCUUCGGACAGCCCAUGGAGCUCCAUUACACCAAUAAUGAGCUGGUGAUCCCAUUAACUACUCAAGAUGACUUGGACAAAGCUGUGGAGCUGCUGGAUCGCAGUAUUCAUAUGAAGAGCCUCAAGAUACUGCUUGUAGGAAAUGGAAGUCCACAGGCUAUUAAUUUAGGACCAUCGCCAUCACUAGAUGAUUUGGAUAAAACAGUAUUUGAAGCAGAGAGGAAAACACGGCUUUCUGUAAUAGGUUCCACUAGUAGAGAUCAAAGCUCCCCUCCCCCAGGAUACAUUCCGGAUGAAUUACAUCAGGUCGCCAGGAACGGGUCCUUCACCAGCAUCCACAGUGAAGGGGAGUUCAUUCCAGAGAGCAUGGACCAAAUGCUGGACCCAUUAUUUUUAAGCAGCCCUGAAAAUUCUGGCUCAGGAAGUUGUCCAUCACUUGAUAGUCCUUUGGAUGGAGACAGCUAUCCAAAAUUACGAAUGCCUAGGGCACAGAGCUACCCAGAUAAUCAUCAAGAAUUUUCAGACUAUGACAACCCUAUCUUUGAGAAAUUUGGAAAAGGGGGAACCUACCCAAGGAGGUAUCAUGUUUCAUAUCAUCAUCAAGACUAUAAUGAUGGCCGUAAAACUUUUCCAAGAGCUAGAAGGACCCAGGGGACCAGCUUCCGGUCUCCUGUGAGUUUCAGUCCUACUGACCACUCCUUAAGCACCAGUAGUGGAAGCAGUAUCUUUACCCCAGAGUAUGAUGAUAGUCGAAUAAGAAGAAGGGGAAGUGACAUAGAUAAUCCUACUUUGACCGUAAUGGACAUCAGCCCACCUAGCCGCUCACCUCGUGCUCCAAUAAACUGGAGAUUGGGCAAACUGCUUGGCCAGGGAGCCUUUGGCAGGGUCUACCUCUGUUAUGAUGUCGAUACAGGAAGAGAAUUGGCUGUUAAGCAAGUUCAGUUUGACCCUGAUAGACCUGAGACCAGCAAGGAAGUAAAUGCACUUGAGUGUGAAAUUCAGUUGUUGAAAAAUUUACUGCAUGAACGAAUCGUUCAAUAUUAUGGCUGUUUGCGGGAUCUCCAGGAAAAAAAGCUUUCCAUAUUUAUGGAAUAUAUGCCAGGGGGUUCAAUUAAAGACCAACUAAAAGCAUAUGGAGCUCUUACUGAGAAUGUAACUAGGAAGUACACCCGUCAGAUUCUGGAAGGCAUCCACUAUUUGCAUAGUAAUAUGAUUGUUCAUAGAGACAUCAAAGGCGCAAAUAUUCUGCGAGAUUCAACAGGCAACGUUAAGCUAGGAGACUUUGGGGCCAGCAAACGGCUUCAAACAAUCUGCCUUUCGGGGACAGGAAUGAAGUCUGUGACGGGCACGCCCUACUGGAUGAGCCCCGAGGUGAUCAGCGGGGAAGGCUACGGCCGGAAGGCGGACAUCUGGAGUGUUGGCUGUACUGUGGUAGAAAUGCUAACUGAAAAGCCUCCGUGGGCGGAAUAUGAAGCCAUGGCUGCCAUCUUUAAAAUCGCCACUCAGCCAACAAACCCCAAGCUGCCCCCUCACGUCUCAGACUACACCCGAGACUUCCUCCAGCGCAUCUUCACAGAGGCCAAGCUGAGGCCGUCGGCAGAGGACCUGCUGAGGCACAUGUUCGUGCACUGCCACUAG